ACUAUAUAAGCCAGCCGAUACUGUAUACUGUUGAUGUGCGUAAAAAUGCGGCUAUUUUAGUCUUUAUCCACCGACACGGAGCGUCUAGUUGCCUUAUAUUCUCCUGAACGUUACGCGUCUUCAUCGUUCAUCAUGGCUCCAACUAUUGUUCUUGUGACCGGCGCUAACCGUGGCUUGGGCCUAGGGCUCGUGAAGGGCUUUGUCGCAAAACCGGACUACAUUGUCGUCGCUGCGGUGCGUGAUACAGCGCAUGUAACCGCCCAGGAUUUGGCCUUGCUACCCACAGCCGACGGUAGCCGUAUAAUCGUGGUCAAAUAUGAUGCCAGCAUCGAGCAGUCUGCCUUUGACGCUGUCAAGGACGCUAUGGACCAAGGCGUGGAUCACCUCGACUAUGUCGUCGCCAAUGCCGGCAUCGCCAAGAGUUAUCCUCUCGUCAAGGACGUUAAGCGAGCUGAUAUCCGCGAGCACAUGGAGAUAAACGUUUUCAGCGUUGUGUCACUUUACCAGGCCACGCGUGAUCUACUUCAGAAGUCAACAAUUAAGCCCGUUUUUGCUAUCAUGGGCUCCGGAGCGGGAGCUUUGGGACGUCAGCCAACGGUUCCUAGUGCUUCAUAUGGCGCCUCCAAAUCAAUUCUCCCUUGGUAUGGGGUUCGGAUUAACGCCGAAGAUGAGUGGCUCAAUACUUUCGUCCUGGAUCCUGGUUGGGUUCAGACCGAAAUGGGGAACUCUGCUGCCAAGGGCUGGGGGAUUGAAUCGGCACCGAAUACCAUUGAGGAGUCCACCGCUGGUAUGGUGCGCGUGAUUACCGAAGGAACCAAGGAGCAGUAUGGUGGCAAGGUUGUUUUAUACACUGGCGAGGUUCAGGAAUGGUAGACUACUAGGAUUACAUACUAGCGGGGUAUCCUCGAUUGUUCACACAAAGCCGGCUCUCUGCGCAGGAGUAAACCUUCUUACCUGUAAGAUAAAAUUCAUCUGAUAACCCAAAUUGGCCUAUUC